CCGGGGCUGCGGGAAAUGCGAGAGGCUGAGCCGGGGAGGAGGAACCCGAGCAGCAGCGGCGGCGGCGGCCGCGGCGGCGGCGGCGGGAGGAGCCCCCCAGGAGGAGGACCGGGAUCCAUGUGUCUUUCCUGGUGACUAGGAUGUCGUCGGAGGAGGACAAGAGCGCGGAGCAGCCGCAGCCGCCGCCACCACCCCCCGAGGAGCCCGGAGCCCCGGCCCCGAGCCCCGCAGCCGCAGACAAAAGACCUCGGGGCCGGCCUCGCAAAGAUGGCGCUUCCCCUUUCCAGAGAGCCAGAAAGAAGCCUCGAAGUAGAGGAAAAACUGCCGUGGAAGAUGAGGACAGCAUGGAUGGGCUGGAGACGACAGAAACGGAAAAUACUGUGGAAGCAGCAGAAAUCAAAGAGCCGUCUGCGGAAGAAGACGCGGCAGCCGAAGCGGACGGCGGCCGACGGCCCGGGCCGGCCCUUCAGCGCUCUGUGUCGGAGGACUCCGCGAGCUCCCUGGUCUCCGUCGCUGUGGAAGCCAGAAUCAGUGAACAGCUCUGCGCUUUUUGUUACUGUGGUGAAAAAAGUUCCUUAGGACAAGGAGACUUAAAGCAAUUCAGAGUAACGCCUGGGUUUAUCUUGCCGUGGAAAAGCCAGCCUUCUAACAAGAGGGACAUUGAUGACAACAGCAAUGGAACCUGUGAGAAAAUACAAAACUCAGCACCACGAAAACAAAGAGGACAGAGAAAAGAACGAUCUUCUCUGCAGAAUAUCGUAUCUUGUGUAAGUGUAAGCACGCAGACCGCUUCAGAUGAUCAGGCUGGUAAAUUGUGGGAUGAACUCAGUCUGGUUGGCCUUCCUGAUGCUCUCGAUAUCCAAGCCUUAUUUGAUCCUACAGGCACUUGUUGGGCUCAUCACCGUUGUGUGGAGUGGUCACUGGGGGUGUGCCAGAUGGAGGAACUGUCGCUAGUGAACGUGGACAAAGCUGUUGUCUCAGGGAGCACAGAACGAUGUGCAUUUUGUAAGCACCUUGGAGCCACUAUCAAAUGCUGUGAAGAGAAAUGCACCCAGACGUACCAUUAUCCUUGUGCUGCGGGAGCCGGAACCUUUCAGGACUUUCGGAACUUCUUCCUUCUGUGUCCAGAGCACAUCGACCAAGCUCCUGAGAGAUCAAAGGAAGAUGCAAACUGUGCAGUGUGCGACAGCCCGGGAGACCUCUUAGAUCAGUUCUUUUGUACUACUUGUGGUCAGCACUAUCAUGGAAUGUGCCUGGAUAUAGCGGUUACUCCAUUAAAACGUGCAGGUUGGCAAUGUCCUGAGUGCAAAGUGUGCCAGAACUGCAAACAAUCGGGAGAAGAUAGCAAGAUGCUAGUGUGUGAUACGUGUGACAAAGGGUAUCAUACUUUUUGUCUUCAACCAGUUAUGAAAUCAGUACCAACCAAUGGCUGGAAAUGCAAAAAUUGCAGAAUAUGUGUAGAGUGUGGCACACGAUCUAGUUCUCAGUGGCACCACAAUUGCUUGGUAUGUGACAGUUGUUACCAACAACAGGAUAACUUAUGUCCUUUCUGUGGGAAGUGCUACCAUCCAGAAUUGCAGAAAGACAUGCUUCAUUGUAAUAUGUGCAAAAGAUGGGUUCACUUAGAAUGUGACAAGGCAACAGAUCAUGAGCUGGAUUCUCAGUCCAGGGAAGAGUACAUCUGCACAUAUUGUAAACACAUAGCCGCGGAGCUGGGUCCCUUACAGGCAGGCGACGGAGUGGAGAUGGCCGAAGUCACUGCAGAUUAUAACAAUGAGAUGGAAGUUGAAGGACCUGAGGACCAUAUGGUAUUUCCAGAGCGAGUGGUUAAUAAAGAGAUCAGCGAUCCGGAGUCCACACCUGGAAUUGUUCCAGACGCAGUUCCCAUCCACACAGAAGAGCAGCAGAAGAGUCAUCUCCCAGGAAGUCUUGAUACACAUGGUCUUCUCGCUUCUGAAUCCUCCCAAGAUAAAAUGAAUCCUGAAAUGGGAAAUCAGAUUUCUCAUGAAACUGAUAGUGAAGAAAUGGAAAUGUCUUCUAAAGUGAUACAUGUUUGUGAAGAUCAAAAUGAAAACAAAAUGGAAGUGACAGAAAAUGUCGACGUCCACGCACAGCAGAUCGUUGUGCGGCACGAGGACCCGCGGUUAGAGGACCCCGGAAUGUUGACGUCUGCAGAAGAAUCACGGCCUCCAAAACUGACCACUGAGUCUGCCGCCGUUCCACCAGAUGCCGUAGGGUCCUCAUGUGGGGAAGGUCCUGCUUUAUGUCCUAAGGAGCAGCCGCCUGUAGAAAGGGUAGAAGAAGAAACAGAACAGAAACCAAGUUCCGGCUCUUCCACUGCCUUUACGGACUUUGAAAUGGCUCCUGCCGUCGAGGGCUGCGUGAAAGAUGGUUUAUGCCAAGAAGACAAACCUGUGAAAUUACCACCCGAGACAGAGCUGUCAUUUGUGUCUGCCACAGACGUAAGCAAGGCACAUGUGUCUUCCUCUCCGCUUUCUUCAGACUUGCCUUCCCAUGACAUACUGCACACUUACCCUUCAACCCUCAAUGCUUCUGUUGGAAACAUUCUGCCGACAACGUAUAUCUCCGUCACUCCAAAAAUCGGCAUGGGUAAACCAGCUAUUACCAAAAGAAAAUUUUCUCCUGGUAGACCUCGGUCCAAACAGGGGGCUUGGAGUACCCAUAAUACAGUGAGCCCACCUUCCUGGUCCCCAGACAUUUCAGAAGGUCGGGAAAUUUUUAAACCCCGGCAACUUCCUGGCAGUGCCAUUUGGAGCAUCAAAGUGGGCCGCGGGUCAGGAUUUCCCGGGAAGCGGAGACCCCGUGGUGCAGGAUUGUCAGGACGAGGUGGCAGAGGCAGGUCAAAACUGAAAAGUGGAAUCGGGGCAGUUGUGUUACCUGGGGUGUCUGCUGCAGAUGUCUCCUCCAAUAAGGACGAAGAAGAAAACUCCAUGCACAACACAGUGGUGCUGUUUUCCAGUAGCGACAAGUUCACCUUGCACCAGGAUAUGUGUGUAGUUUGUGGCAGUUUUGGCCAAGGAGCAGAGGGAAGAUUACUUGCCUGUUCUCAGUGUGGCCAGUGUUACCAUCCAUACUGUGUCAGUAUUAAGAUCACUAAAGUCGUUCUUAGCAAAGGUUGGAGGUGCCUGGAGUGCACCGUGUGUGAGGCCUGUGGGAAGGCGAGUGACCCCGGAAGACUCCUGCUCUGUGAUGACUGUGACAUAAGCUACCACACCUACUGCCUCGCCCCUCCUCUGCAGACUGUGCCCAAGGGGGGCUGGAAGUGCAAAUGGUGUGUUUGGUGCAGGCACUGUGGAGCGACAUCUGCGGGUCUGCGAUGCGAGUGGCAGAACAACUACACACAGUGUGCUCCCUGUGCAAGCCUGGCUUCCUGCCCCGUCUGCUGCCGGAACUACCGAGAAGAAGACCUUAUUCUGCAGUGCAGACAGUGUGAUAGAUGGAUGCACGCAGUUUGUCAAAACUUAAGUACUGAAGAGGAAGUGGAAAAUGUAGCCGACAUUGGUUUUGACUGUAGCAUGUGCAGACCCUAUAUGCCUACAUCAAAUGUGCCUUCCUCAGACUGCUGUGAAUCCUCCCUCGUAGCACAGAUUGUCACAAAAGUGAAAGAGCUAGAUCCACCCAAGACGUACACCCAGGAUGGCGUGUGUUUGACUGAAUCAGGGAUGACUCAGUUACAGAGCCUCACAGUUACAGUUCCCCGAAGAAAACGGUCAAAACCAAAGCUGAAGUUGAAGAUUAUAAAUCAGAACAGUGUGGCCGUCCUUCAGACCCCUCCAGACAUCCAGUCAGAACAUUCAAGGGAUGGAGAAAUGGAUGAUAGUCGAGAAGGAGAACUUCUCGAUUGUGAUGGUAAAUCAGAAUCUAGUCCUGAACGGGAAGCUGUGGAUGAUGAAGCUAAGGGAGUAGAAGGAACAGAAGGUGUAAAAAAGAGAAAAAGGAAACCGUACAGACCAGGUAUUGGUGGAUUUAUGGUACGACAAAGGAGUCGAACUGGGCAAGGAAAGACGAAAAGAUCUGUCGUCAGAAAAGAUUCCUCAGGCUCUAUUUCUGAGCAGUUACCUAACAGAGAUGAUGGCUGGAGCGAGCACUUACCGGAUGCUCUAGUUGACGAAUCCGUUUCUGUUACUGAAAACACUGAAAAAAUAAAGAAGAGAUACCGAAAACGGAAAAAUAAGCUCGAAGAAACGUUCCCUGCCUAUUUACAAGAAGCUUUCUUUGGAAAAGAUCUUCUAGAUACAAGUAGACAAAACAAGCUAAGUUUAGAUAAUUUGUCAGAAGAUACAGCUCAGCUUUCAUAUAAAACAAACAUGAACACAAAUUUCUUGGAUCCUUCCUUAGAUCCACUGCUUAGUUCCUCCUCAACUCCAGCAAAACCCGGGACUCACGGUACGACUGAUGACCCCUUAGCUGAUAUUUCUGAAGUCUUAAACACAGAUGAUGACAUUCUUGGAAUAAUUUCCGAUGACCUUGCAAAAUCAGUUGAUCAUUCAGCCGGAAUAGAUAUUGGUCCUGUUGCUGGUGACCCGGCCUCUUUGCCCCAGCCAAGUGUCAAUCCAGGCUCCCGGCCGUUAAGUGAAGAGCAGCUGGACGGAAUCCUUAGUCCUGAGCUAGACAAGAUGGUCACAGAUGGAGCGAUUCUUGGGAAGUUAUAUAAAAUUCCAGAGCUUGGAGGGAAGGAUGUCGAAGACUUGUUCACCGCUGUGCUGAGUCCUGCAGCCGCUCAGCCGGCCGCGUUUCCGCCGCCUCCCCCGCCCCCAGCGCCGCAGCUGGUGCCCAUACACAGUCCGGGUACGUCACCUCUAGAAAAGUUUCAUGUUUUUUCCCGGAUGCCACUCAUGAAUGGCCUUCUCGGGCCCAGUCCGCAUCUCCCGCACAAUUCUUUGCCUCCAGGAAGUGGCUUGGGAACUUUCUCUGCCAUCACACAGUCUCCUUAUGCUGAUGCCAGGGAUAAAAAUCCAGCAUUUAAUCCAAUGGCAAGUGAUCCUAACAGCUCCUGGACAUCAUCAGCUCCCACGGGGGAAGGAGAAAACGAUACAAUGUCAAACGCCCAGAGAAGUACACUGAAGUGGGAGAAGGAGGAGGCGCUGGGAGAAAUGGCUACAGUAGCACCCGUUCUCUACACAAACAUUAAUUUCCCCAGCCUGAAGGAGGAAUUCCCUGACUGGACUACCAGAGUGAAGCAGAUUGCCAAGCUGUGGAGAAAAGCCAGCUCACAGGAAAGAGCACCUUACGUGCAAAAAGCCCGAGACAACAGAGCUGCUUUACGCAUUAAUAAAGUGCAGAUGUCAAAUGACCCGCUGAAGAGGCAGCAGCAGCAGGACAGCAUCGAUCCCGGUUCUCGCGUCGACUCAGACCUCUUUAAAGACCCAUUGAAGCAGCGAGAAUCAGAGCAUGAACAGGAAUGGAAAUUUAGACAGCAAAUGCGCCAGAAGAGCAAGCAGCAGGCCAAGAUCGAAGCCACGCAGAAGCUUGAGCAGGUCAAGAACGAGCAGCAGCAGCAGCAGCAGCAGCAGCUCGGGGCACAGCCCCUCCUGGCCCCUUCCGGCUCGGACACACCCAGCAGUGGGAUGCAGAGCCCCCUGACCCCGCAGCCUGGCAACGGAAGUGUGUCUCCCGCGCAUUCGUUCCAUAAAGACCUGUUUGCGAAGCAGCUCCCCGGCACCCCCACCUCUGCGCCUUCGGACGACGUGUUUGUAAAACCACAGGCCCCUCCUCCGGCGGCCGCCCCGGCCCGUGUGCCCCUGCAGGAGGGCCUGCCGCAGCCUCAGGCCUGUCAGCCGGCCUCCCCGCAGGUGUUCUCGCCGGGAGCCUCUCACUCGCGACCGCCAUCUCCAAUGGAUCCUUACGCGAAAAUGGUUGGUACCCCAAGACCACCUCCUGGGGGCCAUAGUUUUUCCAGAAGAAACUCUGCCACGCUGGCGGACAGCUGUGCCCCUCUGCCUUCAGUCUCUAGGCCUCCUCAGAUGAGUGAAACAACAGCAAAUAGGCCGUCCCCAGUCAGAGAUGUAUGUUCUUCCUCUACAACGAAUAGUGACCCCUAUGCAAAGCCUCCAGACACACCCAGACCCAUGAUGACAGAUCAGUUUCCCAAACCCUUGGGCCUCCCCCGAUCCCCCGUAGUUUCCGAGCAAACUGCAAAAGGUCCUCUUGCAGCUGGAACCAAUGACCACUUUACUAAACCAUCUCCGAGGACAGAUGUAUUUCAAAGACAGCGGAUAGCUGACCCGUACGCACGACCCUUGUUGACACCUGCCUCUCUUGAUGGGGGUCCUGGACCUUUUAAGACUCCACUGCAGCCCCCUCCAUCUGCCCAGGAUCCCUAUGGACCCGGGUCACAGCCACCAAGGCGAUUGUCUGUUGAUCCUUAUGAAAGGCCUGCUUUAACACCAAGACCUGUAGAUAACUUUCCUCAUAACCAGUCAAGUGACCCAUAUAGUCAGCCUCCCCUCACCCCACAUCCGGCGAUGAAUGAAUCUUUUGCUCAUCCUUCAAGGGCUUUUUCCCAGCCUGGAACCAUAUCAAGGCCAACAUCUCAGGACCCAUAUUCCCAACCCCCAGGAACUCCACGACCUGUUGUAGAUUCUUAUUCCCAACCCUCGGGAACGUCUCGCUCCAAUCCAGACCCUUACUCUCAACCUCCUGGAACCCCCCGGCCCACCACGAUUGACCCUUACAGUCAGCAGCCACCAACCCCGAGGCCGUCUGCACAGGCGGACUUGUUUGUUACAUCUGCGGCUAAUCAGAGGCAUGCGGAUCCGUAUGCCCAUGCCCCUGGAACACCAAGACCUGGGAUUUCUGUUCCUUACUCUCAGCCACCAGCAACACCAAGGCCAAGGAUUUCGGAGGGUUUUACUAGGUCCUCGAUGACAAGACCAGUCCUCAUGCCAAAUCAGGAUCCUUUCCUGCAAGCAGCACAGAAUCGAGGAGCAGCUUUGUCUGGCCCAUUAAUAAGGCCACCUGAUGCAUGUUCCCAAACGCCUAGGCCACCUGGACCUGGUAUUUCAGACACGUUUAGCCGAGUCUCCCCAUCUGCUACUCGCGACCCCUAUGAUCAGCCUCCAAUGACUCCGAGAUCUCAGUCUGACUCUUUUGGAACAAGUCAAGUCACACACGAUACUGUUGAUCAGUCAAGGCCUGGCUCGGAGGGGAGCUUCAGUGCGCCUUCACACUCUCCGAUGACUUCUCAAAGCCAACAGUUUUCUGGUGUCUCCCAUCUUCCUGGACCUGUACCCACUUCAGGAGUCACUGAUACACAGAAUACCGUAAAUAUGUCACAAGCAGAGACAGAGAAAUUGAGACAGCGGCAGAAGUUACGGGAGAUCAUCCUCCAGCAGCAGCAGCAGAAGAAGAUGGCAGGCCGACAGGAGAAAGGGUCACAGGACCCCGCAGCGGUGCCUCACUCGGCGCCCUUGCCACGCUGGCAGCCCGAGAGCGUCAGCCAGGCUUUCAGCCGGCCUCCACCCCCCUAUCCCGGGAACAUCACGUCACCCGUUGUCCCUCCUCUAGGACCCAGAUACGCAGUUUUCCCAAAAGAUCCACGUGGCCCCUAUCCUCCUGACGUUGCAAGUAUGGGGAUGAGGCCUCAUGGAUUCAGAUUUGGAUUUCCAGGAGGUAGUCAUGGUACCCUGUCAAGUCAAGAACGCUUCCUUGUACCUCCUCAACAAAUACAAGGAUCCGGGGUUCCUCCACAGCUGAGAAGAUCGAUAUCUGUAGAUAUGCCAAGGCCUUUAAAUAACGCACAGAUGAAUAAUCCCGUUGGCCUUCCUCAGCAUUUUCCACCACAGAGUCUGCCGGUUCAGCAGCAUAACAUACUGGGCCAAGCAUUUAUUGAACUGAGGCACAGGGCCCCUGAUGGAAGGCCACGGCUGCCCUACACUGCUUCUCCCGGCAACGUCAUAGAGGUACCUUCUCAUCCAAGACAUGGAAACUUCAUUCCCCGGCCCGACUUUCCAGGCCCUAGACACACAGAGCCCUUGAGACAACCUUCUCAAGGUCUACCAACUCAGCUGCCUUUGCAUCCAAAUUUGGAACAAGUGCCACCAUCUCAGCAAGACCAAGGUCAUCCUGCCCAUCCAUCUUCUAUGGUCAUGAGGUCUCUAAGUCAUCCCUUAGAUGGAGAAUUUUCAGAGGCCUCUUUGUCAACAUCUACACCAGCGGAAACAACGUCUGAUAAUUUACAGAUAACCACCCAAUCUUCUGAUAGUCUUGAAGAAAAACUUGAUUCUGAUGACCCAUCUGUAAAGGAACUAGAUGUUAAAGAUCUUGAAGGGGUUGAAGUCAAAGACUUAGAUGAUGAAGAUCUUGAAAAUUUAAAUCUAGAUACAGAAGAUGGCAAGGGAGAUGAAUUGGAUACUUUAGGUAAUUUGGAAACUAAUGAUCCCAACCUGGAUGACCUUUUAAAGUCAGGAGAAUUUGAUCUCAUUGCAUAUACAGAUCCCGAACUUGACCUAGGAGAUAAGAAAAGCAUGUUUAAUGAGGAACUAGACCUAAAUGUUCCGAUUGAUGAUAAGAUAGAUAAUCAGUGUGUAUCUAUUGAACCAAAAAAAAAGGAGCAAGAAGACAAAACUGUGGUUCCUCCUGAUAAACAUUCUCCAUGGAAAAAAUCCACAAGUACCAGUGAGAUAAAAACAGAAGUACUGUCUCCAAAUUCUAAAGGGGAAACCAAAUGUGAAAGUGAGAAAAGUGCUGAGAGUAAGGAUAAUGUUGACACUCCCUGCUCACAGGUUUCUGCUCACACAGACAUACAUGAUGGAGAGAAGGCUUCCUUGCAGUCCUGUGACACAGACCUACUUGAGAAAAGAGCUAAUCGAGAAACUGCUGCUUCCAACACAAGUGGUGUUCGUGGCUCCACUCAGCUGCCCGCUGAGGACGGAAUCAACUCCUGCAGCAUAACUGGAUCAACUCCAGUUCUCUCAAGUUUACUUGCUAAUGAAAAAUCCGAUAAUGCAGACAUUAGGCCAUUGGGGUCUCCACCACCAACUUUGCCAGCCAGUCAUGUGUCGUCACCGUCCAAUCAUGUGUCGAGUUUGCCACCUCCUUUGAUGACACCACCUGGUCACGUUUUGGACGGUACCGUGAAUUCUAAUGUGGCGGUCGUCUCUAGAGUAAACCAUACUUUUCCUCAGGGUGUGCAGGUAAAUCCAGGAUUCAUUCAGGCUCAGUCAGCAGUUAAUCAUGGUUUUGGGACCGGAAAACCUACAAAUCAAACUGUGCCUCUAACAAAUCAGUCUGGUACCAGUGGCAUGUCUGGACCCCAGCAGCUAAUGGUCCCUCAAACAUUAGCCCAGCAGAAUAGAGAGAGGCCCCUCCUUCUAGAGGAACAGCCUCUGCUUCUACAGGAUCUUCUGGAUCAAGAGAGACAAGAACAGCAGCAGCAGAGACAGAUGCAAGCCAUGAUUCGUCAGCGGUCCGAGCCAUUCUUCCCUAAUAUCGAUUUUGAUGCAAUUACAGACCCAAUAAUGAAAGCCAAAAUGGUGGCCCUUAAAGGCAUAAAUAAAGUAAUGGCACAAAACAAUAUGGGCAUGCCACCAAUGGUUAUGAACAGGUUCCCCUUUAUGGGCCAGUCGGUGGCGGGCGCGCAGAGCGGUGAAGGCCAGCAGCGUCUCCUGCCCCCGGCAAUCUCCCAGGAUGGCAGUAUAACACAUCAGAUUUCUAGGCCUAAUCCUCCAAAUUUUGGUCCAGGCUUUGUCAAUGAUUCACAGCGUAAGCAGUAUGAAGAAUGGCUUCAGGAGACCCAACAGCUUCUUCAGAUGCAGCAGAAAUAUCUUGAAGAACAAAUUGGUGCACACAGAAAAUCUAAGAAAGCCCUUUCAGCAAAACAACGUACUGCCAAGAAAGCAGGGCGUGAAUUUCCAGAAGAAGAUGCAGAACAGCUCAAGCAUGUUACUGAACAGCAAAGCAUGGUUCAGAAACAGCUAGAACAGAUCCGCAAGCAGCAGAAGGAGCACGCGGAGCUGAUCGAGGACUACCGCAUCAAGCAGCAGCAGCAGCAGCAGCAGUGCGCCAUGGCCCCGCCUCCCGGGCCGCCGCUCGUCCCGGGCGCUGCCCCGCCUGCGCUGAGCCAGCCCGGCUUCCCCAUGGUGCCACAGCCGCUGCCACACGCAGCGGUCAUUUCGGGCCACGCUAGCCCUGCUAGAAUGCCUGGCUUGCCGGGGUGGCAGCCUCCCAGUGCUGCCGCCCACCUGCCCCUUAAUCCCGCAAGGAUGCAGCCUCCCGUCGCCCAGUUACCAAUACGAACUUGCACACCGGCCCCGGGGCCGGCGCCCGGGGCGAAUCCACAGAGUGGACCGCCACCACGGGUGGAGUUUGAUGACAAUAACCCGUUCAGUGAAAGCUUCCAGGAACGGGAACGGAAGGAACGUUUGCGAGAACAGCAGGAAAGACAACGAAUCCAGCUCAUGCAGGAGGUAGACAGGCAGAGGGCUCUGCAGCAGGGCGGGGUGCAGCCUCACGGCCCGCUGCGCUCCCAGAUGCCGUUCUUCGGUUCCGACCUGCCCUGUGACUUCCCCCCGCCUCCCAGGCCCCAUCAGCAGUCCCCACAGCACCAGCAGCCGAUGGGGCCGGGCUCGCAGCCGCAGAGCGUGCCGCCGGCACCCAUGAACUCCCCUCCCGCUCAGACUUUCCUGCAAACCGCUGAGCGAAGGCAGGUGGGACCGCCCCCCUUCGUUCCUGAUUCACCCUCAGUACCUGGCGGAAGCCCGAAUUUCCAUGCUGUCAAGCAGGUGCACGGAGGGCUUCCCGGGGCCGGCUUCCCGCAGUCCCCCGUGCGGCCUCCGUUCCCACCUGCCCUCCCUGCGGCCCCUGCGGUGGCUAACAGCAGUCUCCCUUGCGGCCAAGACCCUGCCGCCACCCAUGGACAGAGUUACCCGGGGUCGGCCCAGUCUCUCAUCCAGUUGUAUUCCGACAUAAUCCCCGAAGAAAAAGGGAAAAAGAAAAGAACAAGAAAGAAGAAGAAAGACGAGGAUGUGGAAUCCACCAGGGCGCCGUCCACCCCCCACUCCGACAUAACGGCCCCACCGACCCCAAGUGUCUCAGAAACUACCUCCACGCCCACGGUGAGCACGCCCAGCGAGCCGCCGCCGCAGCCCGACCCAGACUCGGCCGAGCCCGGCCGCCCGUCGACUCCCGGCACGGCGGCCGGCCAGCAGGGCGUGGAGUUGGAAAGCAAACUGCCCCACGGGGACUUACCGCAGGGAACCCCAAAUCCGCAGACGUGUGCCAACCCGGAGGCAGAGAAGCUCUCCGUGGAACCCCCUGCCGCCGCCGAGGAGGCCACACCAGAGUCGGCUCAGCCGCUGCAGCAGUGCCCGGGCCAGGACGGGCCUGAGCCGGGGGAGCAGACAGGGAGGAAGGCCGAGGAGAGAGCAGCGGCCGGGCCCAUCUCCUCGGGGCAGAGUCCUCCCCAGUCUGCUGGGGCCCCUGCUGCCAAGGGAGAGUCGGGCAAUGAACUUCUGAAACAUCUGCUGAAAAAUAAAAAAUCAUCUUCCCUGUUAAGUCAAAAACCUGAAGGCAGCUUUUGUUCUGAAGAAGACUGUACAAAGGAUAACAAACCAGUUGAGAGGCAGAACCCAGUCGAAGGAUUGCGAACUUUGGGGGCUCCAGUGCAAGGUGGUUUUGGAUGUGGCAACAACCAAUUGCCAAAAACAGAUGGAGGAGGUGAAACCAAGAAACCUCGAAGCAAACGGACUCAGAGGACAGGGGAGAAGGCUGCACCUCGCUCCAAGAAAAGGAAGAAGGAUGAAGAGGAGAAACAAGCGAUGUACGCCACCGCCGACUCCUUUACCCACCUGAAGCAGCAGCUCUCUCUGCUCCCUCUAAUGGAACCAAUCAUUGGAGUGAACUUUGCGCACUUUCUUCCUUAUGGCAGUGGCCAAUUUAAUAGUGGGAGCCGACUUCUAGGAACUUUUGGCAGUGCUACCCUUGAAGGGGUUUCGGAUUACUAUUCUCAGUUGAUCUACAAGCAGAAUAAUUUAAGUAAUCCUCCAACACCCCCUGCCUCUCUUCCUCCUACACCACCUCCUAUGGCUUGUCAGAAGAUGGCAAAUGGUUUUGCGACAACUGAAGAACUUGCCGGAAGAGCUGGAGUAUUAAUGAGCCAUGAAGUUACCAAAAGUCUAGGACCUAAACCAUUUCAGCUGCCGUUCAGACCCCAGGAUGACUUGUUGGCCAGGGCUAUUGCUCAAGGCCCCAAGACAGUGGAUGUUCCAGCUUCCCUGCCAACACCUCCUCAUAAUAAUCAGGAAGAAUUAAGGAUUCAGGAUCACGGUGCUGAUCGGGACACUCCUGACAGUUUUGUUCCCUCGUCCUCCCCUGAGAGUGUGGUGGGGAUGGAAGUGAGCAGAUACCCAGAUUUGUCCUUGGUCAAAGAGGAGCCUCCAGAGCCCGUGCCGUCGCCCAUUAUUCCGAUUCUUCCGAGCAGUGCUGGGAAAGGUUUGGAAUCGAGAAGGAAUGACAUCAAAGCUGAGCCAGGCACUUUAUUUUUCACACCACCUUUUGGUUCAUCCCCAAACGGUCCCAGAUCGGGUCUUAUAUCUGUGGCAAUAACCCUGCAUCCUACGGCUGCCGAGAACAUUAGCAGUGUGGUGGCUGCAUUUUCCGACCUUCUUCACGUCCGAAUUCCUAACAGCUAUGAGGUCAGUAAUGCUCCAGAUGUUCCAUCAAUGGGUUUGGUCGGUAGCCACAGAGUAAACCCAGGCCUGGAGUGUCGACAGCAUUUAUUUCUUCGUGGGCCGCCGCCAGGACCUGCAAACCCUCCCAGAUUAGCCAGCUCGUACCGGCUGAAGCAGCCCGAUGGGCCUUUCCCUCCAACAAGCAAUGGUCUCUCCGGAUAUAAGGACUCUGGUCCCGGGAGAGCAGACAGUGCGGCACUCAGGCCGCAGUGGUGCUGUCACUGCAAGGUGGUGGUCCUCGGGAGCGGCGUGCGCAAGUCGUUCAGAGACCUGGCCUUUGUGAGCAAGGAUUCCCGAGAAAGCUCCAAUAGAGUGGAGAAGGACAUCGUCUUUUGUAGUAAUAACUGCUUCAUUCUUUAUGCAUCAACCACACAAGCAAAAAACUCAGAAAGCAAGGAAUCUGCUCCGCCGUUGCCACCGUCGCCCGUGAAGGAGACGCCUUCCAGAGCAUUCCAUCAAUACAGCAACAACAUCUCCACUCUGGACGUGCACUGCCUCCCGCAGCUCCAGGAGGAGGCUUCUCCCCCCGCGUCACCCCCCAUCACUUUCCCUCCAGCGUUUGAAGCAGCCAAAGUAGAGGCAAAGCCAGACGAGCUCAAGGUAACGGUCAAGUUAAAGCCGCGGCUCAGGACUGUGCAUGGCGGGUUUGAAGACUGUCGGCCCAUCAGUAAAAAGUGGCGAGGGAUGAAGUGGAAGAAGUGGAGUGUCCACAUCGUCAUCCCCAAGGGGGGCUUCAAACCGCCUUGUGAGGACGAAAUAGAUGAGUUUCUGAAGAAACUGGGCACUUCCCUCAAACCGGACCCCGUGCCCAAAGACUAUCGGAAGUGUUGCUUCUGUCACGAGGAAGGGGACGGGCUGACGGACGGGCCAGCAAGACUGCUCAACCUUGACCUAGACCUGUGGGUCCACUUGAAUUGUGCGCUGUGGUCCACAGAGGUCUACGAGACCCAGGCGGGGGCCCUGAUAAACGUGGAGCUGGCGCUGAGGAGGGGCCUGCAGAUGAAGUGCGUCUUCUGCCACAAGAUGGGCGCCACCAGCGGCUGUCACCGCUUCCGCUGCGCCAACAUUUACCACUUCACCUGCGCCAUUAAAGCACAAUGCAUGUUUUUUAAGGAUAAAACGAUGCUUUGUCCCAUGCACAAACCAAAGGGAAUUCACGAGCAGGAGUUAAGUUACUUUGCCGUCUUCAGACGGGUCUACGUCCAGCGCGACGAGGUGCGACAGAUCGCCAGCAUCGUGCAGCGCGGGGAGCGCGACCACACGUUCCGCGUGGGAAGCCUCAUCUUCCACACGAUUGGCCAGCUGCUUCCGCAGCAGAUGCAGGCCUUCCAUUCGCCCAAAGCGCUCUUCCCCGUGGGCUACGAGGCCAGCCGCCUGUACUGGAGCACCCGCUACGCCAACCGGCGCUGUCGCUACCUGUGCUCCAUCGAGGAGAAGGACGGGCGCCCCGUGUUCGUCAUCAGGAUCGUGGAGCAAGGCCACGAGGAUCUGGUCUUAAGUGAUUCCUCUCCUAAAGGUGUUUGGGAUAAAAUUUUGGAGCCCGUGGCAUGCGUGAGAAAACAGUCGGAAAUGCUCCAGCUUUUCCCGGCGUAUCUGAAGGGAGAAGACCUGUUUGGGCUCACAGUGUCUGCAGUGGCGCGGAUCGCGGAGUCCCUCCCGGGGGUGGAGGCGUGUGAGAACUACGCCUUCCGGUACGGCCGCAACCCUCUCAUGGAGCUCCCCCUCGCCGUGAACCCCACAGGCUGCGCCCGAUCCGAACCUAAAAUGAGUGCCCAUGUCAAGAGGUUUGUGUUAAGGCCUCACACCCUGAACAGCACCAGCACUUCCAAGUCCUUCCAGAGCACGGUCACGGGGGAGCUGAACGCGCCCUACAGCAAGCAGUUCGUGCACUCCAAGUCCUCGCAGUACCGCAAGAUGAAGACCGAGUGGAAGUCCAACGUCUACCUGGCCCGCUCCCGCAUCCAGGGGCUGGGCCUGUAUGCUGCCAGGGACAUCGAGAAGCACACCAUGGUCAUCGAGUACAUCGGCACGAUCAUUCGAAAUGAAGUUGCAAACAGGAAAGAGAAGCUGUAUGAGUCUCAGAACCGUGGCGUGUACAUGUUCCGCAUGGAUAAUGACCACGUGAUCGACGCGACACUCACAGGAGGGCCUGCCAGAUACAUCAACCAUUCGUGUGCUCCCAACUGUGUGGCUGAAGUGGUGACUUUUGAGAGAGGACACAAAAUCAUCAUCAGCUCCAGCCGGAGGAUCCAGAAAGGAGAAGAGCUUUGCUAUGACUAUAAGUUCGACUUCGAAGACGACCAGCACAAGAUUCCGUGUCACUGCGGGGCCGUGAACUGCCGGAAGUGGAUGAACUGAGCGCCUCGCGGCCUCGGCGGCGGCUUGUCCCUAGGAAGGAGCGAUUGACACACCAGUGGAAUUUCGCAGACGGAAAGAGAUUUUGUUUCCUGUUUUAUGACUUUCUGAAAACUCGCCUCUGGGAGUUCUGAUUCCCUCGGCCCUCCGGGGCGGACCAGGACCUCAGAGCAGUCCAGCACUUUUGUUUUCUUCUUCUUUCUUUCCUCCUUCUUUCUGUGGGUGGGUUUUGUUUUGUUUUGUGUUUUUGCGUCUCGCUGAGGAGACACUUUGACUGGGGCGAAGAGCCGCUGGCUGCCCUGCCCCGGGCUGGGGGCUUCCUAUGAAUGUACAGACUGAGAUCACCAGCGAAAGGAGGCGGGGCGCCCGAAGUGCUGGCCACGGCCUUAUCUGAAACAGGGGCAGGCCCUCUAACUUAAAGAUUUUUUAAAAUAAAGUAGACACCACUGAACAAGGAAUGUACUGAAAUGACUUCCUUAGGGAUAGAGCUAAGGGGUAAUAACUUGCACUAAAAUACAUUUAAAUACUUGAUUCCAUGAGUCAGUUUAUUGUAGUUUUUGAUUUCUGUAAAAUAAGAGAAACUUUUUGUAUUUAUUAUUGAAUAAGUGAAUGAAGCUAUUUUUAAAUAAAAGUUAGAAGAAAGCCAAGCUGCUGCUGUUACCUGCAGAACUAACAGGCCCUGUUACUUUGUACAAAUAUGUAAAUAUUUUGAGAAAAAAAUACAGUAUAAAAAUAGUAUUGACCAAAUGCUACCAGGCUCUGCAGCAGCUCGGGUGCUUAUAAGAUGUUCCUAGGGAUGUCACAGUAUAAUUUUGUGUUCUUAAAUACGCCGUUAUAAUUAUGUAAUAACCAAAAUUUCAGCCUAGAGCAUUUGGGGUUUUUUGGAAACUACGGUCUAUUAGUACUCAAUUGUUUUAUACACCUUCUGAUAGAACGGAGUGUAGGCUAUGACUACGACUUUUAUAGCUGUUUUGGUAAUUUAAACUAACUUUUUCAUAUUAUAUUGUUGCAUCCCUACUUCUUCAGUCAGGUUUUUUUGUGCUUACAAUUUGUGAUAACUGUGAAUAAUGCUUAAAAAUACACCCAAAUGGAGGCUGAACUUUUCUUCAGCGGACGUAGUUUUGACUAGAACUUUGUUUCGAGCUACAGAGAAUCAUGUAAACAUACUAGAUCAUGUAGCAGGACUCCAGCCUAACUCUAGCCUUCUGUUCAACAUAAAAAUUUGAAAAGGAAAAAAAAAAACAAGCGUUGUGGUCACGCUUGCAGCUGCGGGACCCCAACGAUAGGAUUUCGGGAGAUGUAAUUUUAAAAUGUGUUUGUAUGAACUGUUUGUUUACAUUUCUUUAAUUAAAAAAACACACUGUUUUGUGUUUGCUUGUAGAAACUUAAUCAGCAUUUUGAACCAGGUUAGCUUUUUAUUUUGUACUUAAAAUUCUGGUACUGACACUUCACAGACUAAGUAUAAAUGAAGUUUUUGUGUGCACAAUUCAAGUGGGCUGUAAACUGUUGGUAUAUCAGUGACGCAGUUCUGAACUUGUAAUGUAUAUGGCAUGAUGUAUUUUUAUCUUACAGAAUAAAUCAAUUGUAUAUAUUUUUCUCUUGAUAAAUAGCUGUAUGAAAUUUGUUUCUUGAAUAUUUUUCUUCUCUUGUACAAUAUUCUGACAUCUUACCAGUAUUUGUCUUACCGGGUUUUUGUUUUCUGUUCUGUAUAAUAGUACCUAAUGUUGGCAAAAAUUGAAUUUUUUGAAGUAUACAGAGUGUUAUGGGUUUUGGAAUUUGUGGACACAGAUUUAGAAGAUCACCAUUUACAAAUAAAAUAUUUUACAUCUAUACAA